AUAAAUAAAGUUGACGUAUGUGUAUCAGCUUUUGCAAUAUAGUAUAUUUGGAAUAUGUAAAUAUCGGAGGCAAAUGAUAUUCCUCAUACGAUAUGAAGAAUAUAUAUUUAAAAAGUAUGUAAUUUAAUUGUUUUGCCAAUUUAACCUCUGAAUCUUAUAUACAUAAUCCAUAGAGUAAGUAAUAACUUAUUCUAUAAAUCCUAUUUGACGAAAGUAAUGGGAGUAUUAUAUAUUUACUAGGAAAAUAUAAUUUAACAAGUUUAUACUUAUUUAGGUAUCUGAGCAGAUAGAAAAUAUAUUUUAUAUAUACAUGUUUAAAAGUAGGUAUAUUUGUAUGAAGUAUAUAAAUGCUAAAAGAAACAAAUGUAAUAAAUUAAUUAUUUGUGUAUUUUAUCACCACCACUGCUUAAUUUUUGUCACCAUUUUUAUAUGAUCAUAAUUAUUGAAAACUUUUUUCCUUAUCGUCUCUGGUUCCUGUUAUAUAACCUUACAACUGAGGCGAGUGACAACACCAUGGUGUCUGCAAGCAAAACAGCUCUGCCACCCAGCAGUGAUGAGACUGUCAGUGUGCUGUCCAUGAUUUACAGGUUCUUCAAGAAGGUGUCGAUAGUCGGCGUUGUUUAUCUGGUGGGGUACAUGCAAUGGAGCGUGGCGUGGCUCAUCGGGCCCGUUAUACUGUCGGUGCUGCGGGAUCAAUGGCGCAAGGAGAACGAGUACCGCCGCAACCUGGCCAAGGUCGCCGCACUCUCCUCAGAGAAAGAUGUAGUGCUCGCGCGGCUUAAUGACCUGCCGGCUUGGGUCUUUUUCCCGGACGUGGAGCGUGCAGAAUGGUUAAACAGGAUCCUCCUUCAAGUGUGGCCGAACGUGAACCAUUUUGCGAAGAAUCUUCUGAAGGAAUCCAUCGAGCCGGCUGUUGCGGAGAGUCUGGCCAAUUUCAAACUCAAUGGGUUUAAAUUUGAGCGCAUGAUUCUCGGAACUAUUGCGCCGCGCGUCGGCGGAGUCAAAGUCUACGAUAAGAAUCUGUCGAGGAAUGAAAUCAUCAUGGACAUCGAUCUAUUCUACGCGGGCGAUUGCGACAUCUCUUUCGUCCUCCAACGAAUCCGAGGAGGCAUCAAGGAUUUACAGAUCCACGGCAUGGUGCGCGUGGUGAUGAAGCCGCUGAUCACCAAGAUGCCGUUGGUUGGUGGGCUGCAGGUGUUCUUCCUCAACAAUCCAUCCAUCGACUUCAACCUGGUCGGCGCCGCUGACAUCCUCGACAUGCCUGGUUUCAGUGACAUACUUCGUCGAUGCAUCGUGGAACAAGUGGCAAGGAUGAUGGUGCUGCCCAACAAAUUGCCCAUCAAGUUGAGCGACGAAAUACCGACCGUUGAUCUGCGCAUGCCCGAGCCUGAGGGCGUACUUCGUAUUCAUUUAGUCCAAGCCCAGAAUCUCAUGAAAAAAGAUGUUUCUAUGUUAGGUAAGGGUAAGUCGGAUCCGUACGCAAUAAUCACGGUGGGCGCGCAGCAGUGGAAGACGAAGCACAUCGACAACAACGUGAACCCGCGCUGGGACUACUGGUGCGAGGCGAUAAUAAGUUCACAGAAGAGCCAAGUGCUGCAGUGCGAGCUGUGGGACUGGGACCCAGGGAUGGGCAUUCAGAACGAUGAUUAUCUCGGCAGAUGCUCGUUGGACAUCUCGCAAGUUGUACGCUUCGGUCGUUUGGACACGUGGCAAACCCUACAACAAGCGAAACAUGGGAAAGUUCAUCUCCGUCUGUCUUGGCAUCGUCUGUCUUCUGACGUGACGGAACUGAGUCGAGCAUUAACGGAGACAUUACUCAUUAAGAGUGGUGACCUCAGUUCUGCAGUCUUGUCCGUCUACAUUGAUUCGUGCAAAAAGUUGCCGAAUGCACGCUCGCAGGCUCGUCCUGAUCCAUACCUCACUGUGACAGUUGGCAAAAAAACUGAAAACUCCGCCGUUCAGAUGAGAACUGACGACCCUGUUUAUGAGAUCGGGUACUCUUUCCUAGUACAGAACCCCGAGAUUGAUAACAUUGAAGUUAAGGUGCUAGAUCAAAAGACGGGAGGUCUACUUGGCCAACUUAUCUAUAGCAUUUCGUCACUGCUGAAGCAAAAGGAUAUGAGCAUGUUAACUCAGCCGUUGACUCUGCAAAGAUCUGGUCCUGAGUCGAAAAUUAUUAUGUCCAUGCAGCUAAGGAUAUUGAAAGACGCAGUGAAGGAAGAGGAUGCGGAGUUGGAAUCAGUAGAGCAGCCUCCAGUGGAGCCCUCGCCCCCGACACCGGCCGCUAGUCCCACGCCCUCCGCCGAAACAACCGACGGCACUGUAAAACCUGAGCCGAUUGUCCCUAACGACGAGCCAGUUCCAGUUCAGCAAAAUACUGAAUCUAAGAGCGCUGAUGAAGUGUCCCAAGAUAACGCGUCUCAAAAGUCUAUCCCAGUAGAGCAGAUUGAAAAAGAAGUUGAUACUCCUCAAGAAUUUCAACCGCCUGUAGGUCGUGAUUCUCCAAAACUUAUCCACAGGACAUCAUCGCUGACCACGUCGGCAGGGGAGGCUGGGCUUGGUCGUAUCUUACUUUCUCUUCGCUAUAGUAUGCAAAAUCAAACUUUGUUCGUAGUUGUUCAUAAAAUUAUGAAUAUACCAUUGAAAGACCCAACUAACGUGCCUGAUCCAUACGUCAAAUUGUACUUGCUGCCUGGACGCUCCAAAGAUUCUAAAAGAAAGACUGUGGUGGUGAAGGACAGUUGUAUGCCGGAAUACGACGAACAAUUUGAGUGGGUGAUCCCAUUGGCUGAACUGCACUCGAGGCAGGUGGAAGUGACAGUUGCUACACACAAAGGCUUCCUUGGCGGUAGCCCGGUUAUAGGACAGGUGAUAAUACAUCUGAACCAAUACGACUUUCGUGAAGCGAAAACACUGUGGUUCGACCUUCUGCCAGAGUCCUCCCCAAGGGACUGAUUAGAUUGUCACAAAUGUACAAAUCAUUUAUGUUGUUAACAUUCAAGUACUUACGAGACUAUUUAAAGCAUUUCUAUAAAAGCAUUAACCUUCCAUAUUAUGAUCUGAUAUUAUAUUAGCAUACUUUAUUGUGAUCUGAAUGUAGUUUUAUUAAAAUGGUUCUAAUAAGCCAGUGCUUAUGAAUACAGCUUGAUAAAUAUAAUACGAAAACUGCAGGAUCGGUGCAUUUAAACUGGCAUAAACAUAGCAUUGUGUAGUAGCAAUUAAUUUAAAUUUGCGUUCUAAUACAUUUACAAAUCAUUAUUCACAAUAACAUACUUGUAGUAAGUGCGAAAUGUUUUAACCGAAUUCCGUAAAUAAUGAGGGUGGCCGCUUAUACCGAUUCUGUAGCUACUCAGGAGCGAGUUUUCCGAAAAUGCGACUGAAUCGCUAUAUUCGGCUUUUCUUAAAAUUUGCAAUGCACAAGUCAAUAAGAAGCAACUGUAUAGUUGUGAGACCAUAUCCAUUCAGCACAGCUAUUAGCCACAAAAACAUAGUCGGCGUACACCAUAAUUGGUAAUAAUAAAUUAUGCACAAACUUAUUAAGCAAACAAUUAAUGUUUAAUAUUAAUCAGUAACAUAUUUUCUUAUGUUUUCUCAAAAAGAAAGUGAUAAUAUUAUAUUUACUUAUAAUAUACAUUAAUAUUUACACUUGUUUACUGUUACAAAGAGUUUUAAUCAUUGUCAAUCAUAAAUCUUUAGUAAAUGUAAUUUAUUAUUGUGACUUGAUUGAUUCAGUGUUGAGCUUAUGAUUACGCCUUAAUUUUUGGAAAUAAACAAUUGUUUUUUUUCUGAG